AUGGGUCAUCCAGCUGGUCUCCGCGCCGGAACGCGCUAUGCGUUCUCCCGUGACUUCAAGAAGAAGGGUAUGAUCCCACUCUCGACAUACAUGAAGGUGUACCGCGUAGGAGACAUUGUCGAUGUGGUCGCCAACGGUGCGGUCCAAAAGGGCAUGCCCUACAAAGUCUACCACGGCAAGACCGGCGUCGUCUACAACGUGACCAAGUCCGCCCUCGGCGUCAUCAUCUACCGCCAAGUCGGCAACCGCUACAUCGAGAAGCGCAUCAACGUCCGCAUCGAGCACGUCCGCGCCUCGAGAUCCCGCGACGAGUUCAUCCGACGUGUGAAGGAGAACGGGAUCAAGAAGCGCAAGGCGAAGGAGGAGGGUGUGCAUUUGCAGCUGAAGAGGCAGCCGGCGAUGCCUCGGGAGGCGAGGACGGUGAAGACGAGCGAGAAUAAGCCAGAGAGUAUUACGCCGAUUGCUUAUGAGACUACUAUCUAA